AUGUCUCCUACACGUAACAUCGCAUACGAGCGAGAUAGCGAAUAUAGUAUUCAGUUGAAUCGCUGGUUCCUGAGGCCAAUCGGCGCCUGGCCCAGCACGUCGAGCAAUAUCGCGGAAAAAAUACUUUCGCGUAGUAUCCAAUUAAUUUGUCACUUACUGAUUGCUUUCACGGUGAUCCCCUGCGUAUUGUACAUUAUAUUCGAGCCAGAUGUACACCUGAAACUGAAGGCUUUCGGCCCGAUGAUACACUGGCUGAUGGGCGGCGCGAAUUACUGCUCGUUAUUAUUACGUAGCUAUGAGAUACGUAAAUGCAUAAACCACAUGUGCGCCGAUUGGCGAACCGUAGAGAGAACGUGCGAUCGCGAAGUGAUGCUGAGAAACGCGAAAUUCGGCCGAUUCGUGUCCACUUUCUGCGCGGUCUUCAUGCAGGGCGGCGUGUGCUCCUACAGUGUCAUUACCGCAGUAACGCCGGCGAUCGUGCAGAUCGGCAAUAUCACUAUAACGAUGCACCAACUGCCCUGUCCGUUUUACAUGGAACUGGUGGACGCCAGAUACAGUCCGAUGAACGAGAUCGUGCUUGGACUUCAGUUGCUCUCUACCAUUAUAGUGAAUUCCAUUACGGUAGGCGCGUGCAGCCUCGCCGCAGUUUUUGCCAUGCACGCCUGCGGCCAGCUGAACAUCCUGGUGAUGAAACUGGACGAACUCGUCGACGGAACAGAAAACAAGCGCGAGACGACGCACCAGAAACUAGUUAUUAUUGUGGAACAUCACCUACGUGUACUGAGUUUUGUAUCGCAAAUAGAAACUGUUAUGCAUCAGAUAUGUCUUAUUGAGUUGUUGGGGUGCACGACUGAUAUGUGCAUGCUAGGAUAUUACACGAUUACGGAAUGGGAAUUGCACGACACCAAAAACUUGCUUACAUAUGCUACCAUAUUUAUAGCUAUGUCAUGCAACGUUUUUAUUUUUUGUUACAUUGCUGAAAUUCUCACAGAACAGUGUCGAAAAAUAGGCGACAUGGUAUACAUGACAAAGUGGUAUCGAUUACACCAUAAAACUGCACUUGAUUUGAUUCUCAUAAUUUCGAGGUCGAAUGCCGUUAUAAGGAUAACUGCCGGAAAAAUGAUUCAACUAUCUAUUUCAACUUUUGGAGAUGUAAGUCUGUUUGAUAACUUGUUAUAUACAAUAUACAUAUAUGAAUAG